AUGGCAGUGAAUGUGUAUUCUACUUCAGUGACCAGCGAUAACUUGAGCCGACAUGACAUGCUGGCGUGGAUCAAUGAGUCUCUGCAGCUGACGCUGACCAAGAUUGAACAGCUGUGUUCAGGUGCUGCAUACUGUCAGUUCAUGGACAUGCUCUUCCCAGGUUCUGUAGCUCUCAAGAAAGUGAAGUUUCAAGCAAAAUUGGAACAUGAGUACAUUCAGAACUUCAAGGUUCUACAAGCAGGUUUCAAACGAAUGGGUGUGGACAAAAUAAUUCCUGUGGACAAACUAGUGAAAGGAAAAUUUCAGGACAACUUUGAAUUUGUUCAGUGGUUCAAAAAGUUUUUUGAUGCAAACUAUGACGGGAAGGAGUAUGAUCCUGUUGCUGCUCGACAAGGCCAAGACACAAUAGCACCAAACCUUGUUGCUCCAGUUGUGAACAAACCCAGGAAAUCUCUCAGUUCUGGCAGUGCAGCCCCGCAGAGGCCCAUUGUUGCACAAAGGACUGCAGCAACUUCCAAACCUGGGUCUGGGAUGGUCAGAAAGGGUGGAGAUGAUGAAUCAGCAGGAUUGAUGGACCAGAUCAAUGAAUUGAAACGUACUGUUGAAGAUCUGGAGAAGGAGAGAGAUUUCUACUUUGGCAAAUUGAGGAACAUUGAAUUGAUCUGCCAGGAGAAUGAAGGGGAGAAUGAUCCAGUGUUGCAGAGGAUUGUGGAAAUUCUUUAUGCCACAGAUGUAAGGCUUUGUGAUACCUGACGAAGGAGCACUGCAGGAGGAGCAAGAAGAGUAUUAACAGACCACAUACUGUACCAGCAGAGCAGCAACAUCAGAAUUCUUUGCCCCAGAUCAUGUGCUUAACUGUAAAAUACUCCACUUUAUUCUUAGAGGACUCACUGGUUUCUUUUCAUAAGCAAAAAGUACCUCUUCUUAAAGUGCACUUUGCGGAAGUUUCACUUUUACAGUGGGUUUGAGUUAGGAGCUCUUUCUCACGCUGUAGCAGAGCAGUAUUCACAUCGAGGUGGUAUAUUUAGGGAGCAAGAGGCUGAAUAUUUGGAACUCGUUGCAGAAUGGUUUGCUGGUAAAACACUGGUUUGUGGGAAGACUUUUUGUAUCUAAGGUGGUGUGCAGUAGAGAAAUUAAAAGACUCUGACUCACAGAAAGAUUGAGUUCAUGUGAAAUUGCAGCACAGAAAUUAUAAUAAAUGCCUUAAGAGUAUUUAAAAUAUGCUUCCAUAUGCCAAAUUGAAGUAAUGUGAUGGGAGAUUUUAUGUGCUUCAUAUUGGGGUAGACGUUUGUUUAACUCCAUUCACUGCUGUCCGAGAGGCCUCGUGUGGCAAUCUCACUGUGUCAGCAAGUGCUCAAAAGGGGCUAUUAAAACAAAACUCCAUUCCUAUGUAAAGCUGCUUACUAAGUGAUUAGUUCUCUAUGAAAUGGGCCUUAACGUUGCCUGUCACAAGAUUAGAGGGAGUAUGAACAGCUGAGACACAUAAAUUACCUUGAAGAGUGCUGAAGCCUUUUUCUGUGGCAUUGUGGCUAAUGACUUUGCCAAAAUGUACUGUGUUUUCUGUAAGAGAAACAACACAAAGCAAAGGGCAUCCAGUCUUACUGCCUAAAAUGUCCUUCAGAAGUAAUUUUUCUUCCUGGCUCUUGUUUCUAUUUGUUUAUCUUCAUUUCUUUUGAAAUCCUUUCUGGUCUCUCAUUUUUCCCUUUUCCCAUCCCACAGAAUGCUGAUCACACCCAAUAGUUGUAACAGGACUUGCACUGUGCAACUGACUUUGAGUGAAAGUGAAUUGAGCACAUGAGGAUGAUAUUUUUCUGUCUUUAUUUUUUUUUUUUCCUCCCCCUCCCUUUCAAACCAGGGCAUAUUAACAAUAACACUUGCCAGUUCAGUAGUCUUCUGGGGUAAAAACUAAAAGAUGCUGGCUAACAGAGCUAAUGUUAUUGCAGAAAAUACAGUACUGAGACUAACUUAAAUAUUAAUAUUUAAAGUACUUUCCUUAACUGUCCUUUUUUUUUUUUUUUUUUUUUGCUAUCAUACCCCUCAUUACUGUUGUGUUUGGCAAGAUCCUGCAAGACUUUUGACCCCCCUUCACUACUGAGAUUGAUCAGUCCUGUUGUGCUUGUAUUCAUUUGUUUCUGGUGGUAGCUUGUCCUAAAAUGUGUGUAGGAGAGCAUUUUAUGGUAACUGUGUAGUGCAUGAAUCUUUGUGAAGUUCAGAGAAAAACCCAAAUUCAGUGAAUGCCAAAAAAUGCAAGUAUCUAGCCAUUGUUUAAAACUGCAGUGGUGCUAUUUCUCUUGUGGCCUUUUAGACUUUUGUUGCCCUAAAACUCCAUUUUACUGAGAAACCGUAUUUGACUUGGAUUUUUCUUGACAGGGUUUUUCUAUUUUAAGCAGUUUCUAAAUAAAGUUCUGUACUUCAAGAG